CUCUAUAGCACAUACAGAGCUUAACUACUAUUUUCUCUUGCUAUUCAGCCAUUUAAAUUUCACUAGCUUAACUAAUAGUCUCUUCUUCUUCUUCUCCUUCUUCAAUUUCAAUAAUGUCUGCACAAGCGCAAGGAUCAGCAGGUACAUGGACUGCAGAGCAAAACAAGGCAUUUGAGAAGGCAUUGUCAGUGUAUGACAAAGACACCCCAGACCGUUGGUCCAACGUUGCUAAGGCUGUCGGAGGGAAUAAAACUGCUGAAGAGGUGAAGCGACAUUAUGAAACACUUGUCCAUGAUAUCAUGUUCAUUGAGAGUGGCGGGGUGCCCUUCCCCAACUACAGGACCACUAAUUAAGGAUGUAAAAUCUGGGGCUCCAGCGAAGCAAUGAGGCAAAAAAAGAUGCAACCUUAAUUAAUUAAGCUACGACUAUUACAGAGCAAUUGCUUGCAAGAAAGUAACCCUACUACUAGUUACAGCAAAAAUAAUCAGAAUUUCGCGUUUAAUUUUCUUUUUGAAAAUUUAAGUGAAGUGUAUUAAUUUCUUUGUAUGUCCAAAUUAAUAGUAUUUGUGUUGUUGUUAUGAAUUUCAUUCAUGUAUUAUCUGAAGGAAGCAUUUGAAUUCCUUCUACCGUGUAAUAAUAUUCAUGUUUGAUCUCUUUCUAUAUGAAACGUGUUUUUUAA